AUGACAUACACCAAGAAGCAAAUCGUCACAUGCCUAAGCGUCCUGUAUCUUGUAAUUGCGACUGCACUUGCUGGUUACGCUGCCUCCCGUGCGAACGCCCGUUCCGUCCCCAUCGCAAAGACGCUGACCGGCUUCACCACGGCGCUUCCCAUUGUCUCUGGCCUGCUUCUCCAACUGGGCUAUGGCCUGACCCGUCGCCGCGAGCGCCACCAGCGACUGGGCCGUGGCGACACCCAGCAACCCCCGCUCGUCAUCAUCGCUAACACGCUCAUCUUCAUCUACUCAACUGUCAUCAUCACCCUGUCCGGCACCCAUGUUGCCCCUGCUGCCAGCCUAGACUGCGGUCUGCGAGAGCGCUGGCAGACGCUGUUCAGGCACAAGGAUGCAGCCGCCAUUCAACAGAUUCAGGACGCCUUUAGUUGCUGCGGCCUGGCAAACUCACGUGACAUGGCUUGGCCCUUUCCAGACCGCACCCAUGAUUCGCGUGCAUGCGAAGCCACGUACCAUGGUAGAGCCAGCGGAUGCUUGGUUGCGUGGAAAGCUGAGGAGCAAAAGAUUGCCGGCUUACUCAUGACCGUUGUGGGUAUGGUCUUUCUCUGGCAGUUUGCCAUUAUCGCCAUACCUACCCAACAGGAUUCGUGGCUCCAUAAAUUUGUCCCAGACCGCCUUUCUCGCGUCCUUGCUGGUGACGAAGGCGGUGAUGCUGACUCCCGGCGUGCCAUUGACUAUGUUCCUGGCUACAACCGCUACUCGGAUCGCAUCGAGGAAGAAGCUGAAGAUGACCAUGGGCAGACCCCUGGACGUGCAAUUGAAAACGGCAUUCGUCACACUGACCAUGUUUUCCCCUCACAGAUUGGACGCGACAGGCAGCCGUCUGUGGAGAAUGAGUGGUCGAGGGGAGCGUGA